AUGGCAUCUCACAUGGUUCCUCAGGAGGAGCUCCCUGUUUUGGAAGCUUUAAUCACCAUUCGAAAUCGUCUCACUGCUUUGAAGAAAGAUACAACGAAAUUCAUUCGUGCUCCGGAUGUUAUGCCAAUCUACAAUUCAGUGGUUAAACAAGUGACUCGGUUGAAUACAAUCAGAGACGAACAAUCGCAUCAUCAAUCUUCUCUAUCGAAUAACGCAGCAGCAUCCUCAUCAACCUCUAAACCUGCCAUACCUGAACCCAACAGGGUCGACACUGUCUUGGCGGAUGUUUUCGGCUUACUCAGUUUAUUCUUUCUCACCAUUGGUAAAAGUAGAGAAACUCCUGCUACCUACUGCCAAAUCGCUUCUAUGAGACAUCUCCUCUCUCACAUGAAUGAGUCAGGUGCUUAUACGGAAGAGAUUCUAUUACCUAUCAGAGAAAGGUUAGAUAUUCUCAAGAAUGUUAUCAAGCAAGACUCCGAAGAUGGUAAACACCCUGAACCAAUCGUACGGUUGAUGUUAAGAAAGUUAGAGGGAGUUGAACAUCAAUUGCAUGACCUUCUUGCUUCUCUAUCGGUCCUUUCAGUGGAGCUUGUUCCUAUACAUCAACGUUUGGUAGCUUCCAGAAAACAACUUGCUGCGAUGGCCGCGGAACCAAAACCUAACAAGGCGGAAUAUAAAGCCAUCAUUGAGGAUCUAAGGAAGAUCGAUUCAAAACGAGUAGAUGGUAAAUUCCUUGGACCAGGGGGUUCCUUUGUUCCUGAAGGACAGGCAUUGUUAUCGGGUCUACUAGAAUCAUGUUUCGAUAUUACACAAGAUAUCAAAGCUAGAGAAGCUGAAGAGGAGGUUACACCAACUUUGAAACCUAUUUAUGACCGAUUAAGUGAAAUGAAGACCCAACUGGAUCAACUAUUAUUAACUCAUCGAUGGACCUUGAGAGAAACGGAUUUAUACAAUUACGCAUUAUCACUCAGAGAAAUCGAUGCUAUGCGUGUUGAUGGCAAAUUCGUGGAUGCUGACGGGAACAAGGCUGGCGGACAAUAUGCUUUGUUGUUCCUUCUGCGUCGAUGCCAUGGUUUGCUUUACAGAUUAAUGUCUGAGUCUGAGCCAAUCUCUGAGGAACUGAUGCCUGUCGCAAAUAAAUUAUCAACAAUCAAGAAAUGUCUUAAUGAGGUGUUGAAAUAUGGUGGACCAUACACUCCGCGCGAUUUGUAUCCUUAUCAUUUGGCAUUACAUCAAAUCGAUUCAUUGAGGAAAGAUGGUAAAUUCUAUGCUGACGAUGGAAGUAUACCUGAAGGACAAGCAAUUUUAGUGGCUCAAUUAUCUGAAGCUCACGAAUUGUUGGAGAUGUUGAAGGAAAGUAUGAGUGAUGAGGAGGAUGAGGACGAGGAGGACGUUUAA